AUGAACACAAUGAAAGAAGGAGAAAUUAUGGACUCCGGCGAGGAUUCCAAUGGUAAGACUGACAACCCACCAUCAUAUGAGCAUAAAGAGAAAAGAGACAGUGGACAUGUCGACCUUGAGUCCCGGGACCCGAAUCAAUUGAAUGCCGUUUUUCAGAACCCUUUGGCCGAUAUCCCUCGUGAUCAGCUAUUUGCAGAUGUCGAGGCAUUCUGCAGGAAGUUCGACCUCCUAGAUGAUCUCGAAACUUUUAAGAAGGGCGCAUUGAUCUCACAAAAUCCUGAGACCGCAACACAAUUGCCCGAGCUGAAUGAGCAUGAGAGGGAGGCUCUUGUUCGGGAGCAUACGCACAAGUGGCAUCAGCCAUGGCAGUUAUAUUGGCUCGCAAUUAUGUGCUCUUUGGCUGCUGCUGUGCAGGGAAUGGACGAGACGGUCAAUAACGGUGCUCAAGCUUUUUAUCUCAAGCGAUUUGGCAUUGAAAACAGUGACAAUCUUACUGGUCUAGUCGUCGGUGCACCAUAUUUAGCCUGUGCAAUCCUUGGCUGCUGGCUUACUGAGCCCUUAAACCGAUACUUUGCUCGGCGCGGUACUAUAUUCAUCUCUUGUUUAAUUGCGGCCAUCGCAUCGGUAUGGGAAGGUGUUGCCAACUCAUGGGUAAACCUAUUCAUCGCUCGGUUUGUGCUGGGACUUGGCAUUGGUUCAAAGUCCACAACUGUUCCAAUUUACGCAGCCGAGUGCUCUCCAGCCCCCAUUCGUGGUGCGCUAGUCAUGAUGUGGCAGAUGUGGACAGCAUUUGGGAUCAUGCUUGGUAAUAUCAUGGGUGUUGCAUUCAUGAACGUCGGGAAUGACCUCAAUUGGCGUCUCAUGCUAGGAUCUACGGUUGUUCUUCCAUUGAUCGUCUGUGCUCAGGUCUAUAUUUGCCCCGAGUCGCCCAGAUGGCUCAUCCAGCAAGACAAGAUUAAUAAGGCAUAUAUCAAUUUCAAGAUUCUCCGACCUACAGAUCUUCAGGCCGCACGAGACCUUUACUAUGCCUACGUUGGUGUAGAGCUCGAGCGGGAGAUUAACAAGGGCAAAAACUUCUUUAGCAUGUUCAUGGAACUCUUCACUAUUCCACGCAACCGUCGUGCUACUCUAGCCAGCUGGAUCGUGAUGUUCAUGCAGCAGUUCUGUGGUGUCAACGUGAUUGCCUAUUACUCUACCACUAUUUUUCUGGAUUCUGGAUACAGCAUGUCCGACGCACUUCUAGCAUCUAUGGGCACUGGAAUUCUUAAUUGGGUCUUUGCGCUACCCGCCGUCUUCACCAUCGAUACUUGGGGCCGCCGAAAUCUGUUACUAUUCACAUUUCCUUUCCUAGCCAUCUGUCUGCUCUGGACGGGUUUCUCCUUUUGGAUUAAUCCUAACGACGGCCACAAGAGGAUUGCAAUGGUAACGACAGGAAUGUAUCUUUUCGAAGUCUUCUAUUCUCCAGGUGAAGGACCUGUCCCGUUUACCUACUCUGCUGAAGCAUUUCCUCUGCACGUUCGAGAGGUAGGCAUGUCGUGGGCAACAGCAACAACUUGGUGCUUUAACUUCAUUUUAUCCUUCACGUGGCCUCAUCUUCUUGAUACCUUUAAACCCCAAGGAGCGUUUGCAUGGUAUGCAGCUUGGUGUAUCAUUGGCUGGUUCCUAAUUCUACUUUUUGUUCCGGAGACAAAAUCACUGACCCUAGAGGAAUUGGACCAAGUUUUCUCUGUUUCUACGAGAAAGCAUGCAGCAUACCAGAUUAGAAAUUCUAUAUGGCACUUCCGUGUCUGGAUCCUCCGCCAAAAGCUGGAGCCGUUGCCUAAGUUCUAUCAGGGCGCUGAACGUCUUGCAGAGGUCGGCGAUACGGCAUCAAAGUAG